AAAGUUAAUCCUCCAUGUUCACAUUAACGUUAUAAUAUUCUGCUGUCGGUGGAACUCGACUCAAGUCAACUGUUAAUUAUUGUUUUUUUGGAUUACUGAACUUUGCUCUGUUGCUUCGUGGAUGCUGCUUUGAAUUGAAAACAAAUUACAAAAUCGACCUUUCAUACAAUUUUUAUAACCUUGCAUUCUACUCAUAGCAGUGAGUAACACAACACUCCUCCGAUCUAAACUCGUUGACUUUUCAUUCAUUCAAUUCUGAACAAUGGCAGAGGGCUUGCUUAGUGUUGUUUUUGAGAAUUUGGUGUCUCUUCUUCAAAAUGAAUUUUCAACCAUUUCUGGUAUCAAGUCAAAGGCUCAAAAGCUGUCAACAACCUUAGAUCUCAUCAAUGCCGUUCUUGAAGAUGCUGAGCAUAAACAACUCACUAACCGUUCUGUCAAGGUAUGGCUUCAACAACUCAAAGAUGCAGUUUACGUGCUUGAUGAUAUUCUUGAUGAAUGUUCCAUUGAAUCUCAUCGUUUUAAGGGCUUAGCUUCUUUUAAUCCAAAGAACAUCAUGUUUCGCCGUGAUAUUGGUAACAAGUUCAAAGACAUUUCAAGUAGAUUUGAUGAAAUUGCUGAAAGUAAGAACAAGUUUGUUCUACAAGUGGGUGGUGGUACUAUUACGGAAAGGUCCAUUGAAGUUGCUGAGUGGCGCCAAACCACCUCAGUUAUUGCUGAGCCUAAAGUUUACGGACGAGAAGAUGAUAAAGAGAAGAUUGUCAUGUUUCUUCUCAACCAAGCAAGGGUCUCUGACUUCCUUUCUGUGUAUCCUAUUGUUGGCUUAGGUGGUGUUGGAAAAACAACUCUUGCUCAAUUGCUCUACAAUGAUCAUCGGGUAAGCAUCAAUUUUGAUACAAAAGUUUGGGUGUGUGUUUCUGAGGUUUUCUCGAUAAAGAGGAUUCUUUGUUCCGUUAUAGAAUCUAUCACAAGCCAAAAUUGUUAUGACUCCAAUUUAGAUGUCAUACAAAGAAAAGUGCAAGAACUGUUGAAAGGUAAAAGAUUUUUUAUGGUUUUGGAUGAUGUAUGGAAAAGAAAUCAGGAAUUGGAAUUCGGAUUAAGCCAGGACAAUUGGAAUAAAUUGAAAUCUGUGUUGUCUUGUGGAUCCAAAGGUGCUUCCAUUUUAGUUUCCACUCGUGACAAGGAUGUCGCUGAAAUCAUAGGAACAUGCAAAGCUCAUUAUCUAUGUGGUCUCUCUGAUGAUGAAUGUUGGUUGUUGUUCAAACAAUAUGCAUUUGGACAUGAUAGAGAAGAGCGGGAAGGGCUUGUCGCAAUAGGCAAGGAGAUCGUAAAGAAGUGUGGGGGAUUGCCUCUUGCGACACAAGCAUUGGGAAGUUUAAUGCGCUCAAGAAGUCAAGAAAAUGAAUGGCUUGAAAUUAAAGAAAGUGAGCUUUGGACUUUACCUGACGAGAAUUUGAUUUUGCCUGCCUUGAAAUUGAGCUACUUGUAUUUAACACCAACCUUGAAGCAGUGUUUCGCCUUUUGUGCAAUAUUUCCUAAAAAUACUAAUAUGAUGAAGGAUGAGUUGAUUCAUCUUUGGAUGGCUAAUGGAUUUAUUUCAUCUAGGGAAAAUUUGGAGGUUGAAGAUGUUGGAAAUAUGGUUUGGAAUGAACUGUGCCAAAAGUCAUUCUUCCAAGACAUCAAGAUGGACGCUGAUUCUGAAGACGUUUCUUUCAAGAUGCACGAUCUUGUCCAUGAUCUUGCUCAGUUUGUUACAGGGCCAGAGUGUAUGAUUUUGGACAACAAAAACACAGAUUUGUCAAGAAACACUCACCAUAUUAGUUUUGACUAUCCCACUAUGCUAUCUAUCAAUGAGGGUGCCUUUGAAAGAAUUGAAUCCUUGCGAACAAUGUAUGUGUUAAAACAUUAUGGCUACAACUCGUUUGAUUAUAGACGGUUCCCAAGAAACAUCUCUCUGCGGGUUUUACGCAUAGAAUGUUCAAUGUUAUGUUCAAUUGAGAAUUUUACUCAUUUGAGGUAUUUGGAGCUUUAUGGUUUCUCAACCCUUGAGGAUAUAUCUGACUCACUUCACACCUUGCGGAAUUUGGAAGUCUUAAAAUUUAGAAGGUUUUGGAAAAUUGGAUGCCUGCCAAAACACUUGAGUCGCUUACAAAAUCUCAGACACCUUGUCAUCGAUGAUUGUAAUGAAUUGUCUGGUCUCUUCCCUAAUAUUGGAAAGUUAUCUUGCCUAAGAACAUUAAGUGUUUUCAUUGUUGGUCGACAGACAGGGUACAGCUUGACAGAGCUACAAGAUCUAAAGCUGGGAGGCAAAUUGAGCAUCGAAGGGCUAAAAAACGUUGACAGUUUAUCUGAAGCUCGAGAUGCCAAUUUGAUGUGUAAAAAAGACCUCAUAGAAUUAUGCUUGUCAUGGAGCAGGACUGAAAGAUUUACUGAGGGUCUUAUUAUUAGUGCAGAGCAAGUAAUCGAAGCACUUCAACCUCACUCAAAUCUUAAGAGGUUGAAAAUAGAUCUCUAUGACGGAUCAUGUUUACCAAGUUGGAUCAGAAUUCUGAGUAGUUUAGUUUCUCUUGAACUUUCGGGUUGUGUGAACUGUGUGCAACUUUCACCACUUGCCAAACUACCAUCUCUAAAAAAACUCAAUUUACGCCGGAUGGAUAAUGUGCAGUACGUGGAUGAUGAUGAACCUCGCCAUGGUGUAGAGGUGGAGGCUUUUCCAUCUCUGGAGGAACUCUCAUUAGAUGGGUUACCAAACUUAGAGCAGUUGUUGAAAGUGGAAAGAGGAGAGAUGUUCCGUCAUCUUUCUAAUUUAACCAUCAUACAUUGUCCUAAACUUGUUUUGCCACACCUUUCGUCUGUUAAAUAUCUAUUUGUAGAUGGAUGUAACAACGAGUUACUGAGGCAAAUCUCUAGUUUCUAUGGUCUUACUACUCUUCACCUUAAUAGAAAUGAAGAUGUCACUUCCCUCCCAGAGGGGAUGUUGAGAAACCUGACUUCUCUUCAAACUCUGACAAUAUCUGAUUUCCUCAAAUUGAUGGAAUUACCAAAUGAACCCUUCAACCUAGCUUUGGAGCAUCUAUGUAUCAAUCGUUGUGGCCAGCUUGAGUCUUUACCAGAGCAAAUUUGGGAAGGUCUGCAAUCCCUUCGAACCAUUGAUAUUGUUGAAUGUGAAGGAUUGAGAUCCUUGCCGGAAGGUAUCCGACACCUCACUUCACUUGAGGUUUUGACUAUUCAUGGAUGUGAAGGAUUGAGAUCCUUGCCGGAAGGUAUCCGACACCUCACUUCACUUGAGGUUUUGACUAUUCAUGGUUGCUCAACAUUAAAGAAGCGAUGCGAGAAGGAAAUAGGGGAGGACUGGGACAAGAUAGCACACAUUCCAAAGUUACUGAUUUGGUAGUAUGUAUGAGGAAAAGAAUGUACACUUUUGGAGAGCAUUGAUACAAGUUGUUGAUUCUUAUAUGCUUUGACGACCAUUGUUCUUCCCUUUCUUUGUUCCUCCUUCCCAUUCAGCUCAUUUCCAUCCAACCAAUAUGAAUAUGACACUCUUGGAUCUUGUCUGUUCACUGUGUGAGUGUUUCAUCUAAUCAAAUUAUUAAGACCAAUGAUCUACCGUAUGGAUUUGUGAUUUCUGACUGCUAAGCAAUAGAUCAAUUAGGUCAACCUUUUGGGUCAGAUAAUCACUGUUGCAUCACCACCAAUGCUGAAAUUUACAUGGUAUAAUAGAGAUCUAGCAUGUGAUGCAGUUCAAAAGUCCAUGGUUCAGUUGAAAAAUGGAAAGAGUCCUAGUAAACCUUUUCUUCCAUUGAAUAUGUAUGCCAUUAGAAUCCGUGUUGCUGGAACUCAUGCUGGCUAAUGAAUGGACAUGUACUGAUUAUGGAUCUAGUGGCCACAAUUGGUGAGCAGCUGUUUGGACAUGGAAUCACAAUCAUUAUAUUUGAGGAUUAUGACUUCAAUAGUCAACUAGUUAAAUAGCUUGCUUAUAAGGAGUUUGUAAAUAUUCAGGGCUAUUUUUCUGAGAAUGGCUUUAAUUGCGUACAUGAAUUAUACUUAGCUUAUUCCCUA